UCGCGGCGCGGCGGCUCGAGUGCGGCAGUGUGUUGUGUGCCUCGCUGGCGUCGAGAUGUCCGCGAUCGCGCUUGAGUCGUGCUCGUCCGCGUCGUGCCCGUCUUCCCGCGGCCCCGCGAGCUUCGCCUUGCUCCUGCUCCUCGCCCUCGCGGCGGCCCCGGCCCCGACCGGCUCCGUUAUCCAGCUCCCCAACACCACCGGGAUCGACGGCCAGCUCACCGAAAACCUCGGCGUCGACAAGUUCUUCUCCCUCUGGAUCGUCUUCAACAACGAUGACGUCCAAAUGUCAGAAAAGCCAUUUACGAUCCUGGCGCCGCGAAACAACGCUAGCUUGCAAAUUUCACCGGACAAGCUGUCCUCGCACCCGGAGAUGGUGAAGAAACUGCUCUUGGACCACGUGGUCCUCGGCCAGCGACUGGACCUCGAUCUCCGAGCCGAUCUCAGUUUCACAACGCUCGGAGGAAGGACCGUUCAAGUGCGCCGGAAAAAAGGCGACGCCAAUGAAGGGGCGUUGUUCGCGAACGGUGCGCGGGUGGCCAACACGAAGGUGGACGUCAACAACGACACGGGGAGGCUCAUCAUCAUCGAGAACUACCUCUUCUCCGAGGACUUUUCCGAGGACCACAGCUUCCUCCAGGACAUGACCGAGGUUCUCUCCUUCCUCCAGAGCGGGGUCCGUGUUUUCCAACACCUCCUUGCACGCUCCAACGUCACCAAGCUCCUCAACCAAGAUGAAACUUAUACUGUAUUUGUACCAACUGACCGAGCAUUCCAGCGGUGGCACCCGAUCGACUGGGGUUUCUACCCAUUUUCUGUGCCUGAAUUCACAGAGAGCGUUCUCAUGAACCACUUUGUCAAAGAUAACAUUCACCAGGAUCAAAUCAAAGAUGAGCAAAAAUUCAAGACACUUGGAGGGAAAGAGGUCAUAUUCCAAAGAAAAGGCUCCGGUUUGACUGUAAAUGGUGUUGAGGUGAUCAAAGGUGACACGCCAAUUGAGAAGGGUAAUAUAAUGUUCAUCUCAGAGGUGCUGUUUGUCAACGAUGGAGUUGUGCAGCGACUUCACGAGAAACAUAAAGAUAAAGAGACACCACCCCUCCUAGCUUUCCCGUGGUUUGGAGCCCAAUUUCUGUCCCAUGCAUACAUGUCAAUCGAGCAUCACCCUAAUUUCACUCACAUUGUCAGGUUCCUCAAUGUUGCUGAACUUGCUCCACACGUUCCAGGAGCUGGUUACACAUUCUUUGUCCCACUUGAUGAGGCCUUUGAACGACAAGGUCUAAAGUAUGCACCAGACAACUACCUGUCAACAACUGCAGGAAUAGAUCUUCUCCUAAGUCACUUUGUAAAAGGUCGACUCUAUGAGAAAGAUCUCCAGAACAAUGCAACAUUCACAACUUUAGCAAAUAAUACACUGACUGUUCACAGAGAAAAUGGUCAACUCAAAAUAGAGAAUGCAACAGUUGUCAAAAGCGAAGUUUUUGUCUACAAUCUAGGUACGAUGUUUUACAUUGACCAAGUUCUUUACAGGCACCUCCUUCCGGAGAAGGAGUUCAAGCCAACACCUAGUACGAGCACAAGUGCUGCAACCAUGGUGACAACGUUACCCCCUGAUGUUGAAAUCAUUGAUCAAGAGACCACAACCGACUCUGAGUUAGGGACGGAGACAGCAUACCCAGAUUUGCUUUUAGAGGAGGAUACAACAAAAAAAGUUGUCUCAAAUCAGGCAUGAAUAAAAUGAAGAAAAAAAACAGGAGACAGUUAAAUCUACUUCAGCUACCCAGAACGGUAAUAUUCAAGCCAAAACUUCACAUGAAAUGGUGGCAGAGGUGUAGCAAAGAUGGCGAAAAAGCCACCUAUGCCCUGACAUUUACACACUGAAAGAGUUUUCCUAUGAUUUUCAUGGGUUUUUAAUCUUUGAAUCCCACCAGAUAGAAAUUCUAGGAGACAGAAAUAUUUUCCUUGUUUUGUUGCUCUUGACACAGAUAGAGCUUUCAUCUCCAUCCUAGUCAUUGAGAAAUCUGAAAAAUUGCAUUAUUGAUAGAAAUGUUACCGAAAAAUAUUAAAAAACUAAAUCCCUUGCUCCAAUAAGAAUAUAAGGAAGGAUCGAUUUUUCAUUGAAGUAUUAGUUCUCAAGUUGUAAUGGGUGAUAAUAACAUACUGAAAUUCUGCUCGGUAUCUGAAAAUGCCUAAGUAUCUAAUUUCAACCUCUUCAAGAUAACCUCAUUUUAUGGCAUUACUGUUUUUGAUUUUGACUCAGUGAUACUUAUCGUUCUUUUAUUAAAAAAACAAAAGCCCUAGGUUUGAAGAAUCUGAAAGUUUAAGAUUUCACCAUCACUUUCUUAAAACUGACUAAAUGAAAAUAAUUUCUGAAAAUUAUGAAGAAAGGCACUGAUAAUCAUCAUGAGCACUGAUAUUCAAUCUUGAUAUUUAAAUCAUGAAUAUCUUCAAUGUUCUUCAGAAAAGAAAGGAAAAAAUACCUCAUCACCUCUGAAAGUAAAUCAAGGUAAUUAAAUUUGGUGCCUGGCAGAAUAAUUUUUUAAUGAGCUAAUUGGUAGAGUUAGAUUCUUUUCCGAGACGGGGACAUUUUCCAAAUUCUCUUUCUCAGUUUUCAAUGCUGGGUCUUGCAUCCAGUCCAGUUAUUCGGACUAUUCUAUCCCAGCUUUCAAGUAGCAACAAUCUAUUUACGAUCUAUUUUUUGUUACCAAUGGUGAAUUAGAAAUUUGUUCAGCUGCCUAGUUCUGAAUUUACCUGUAGCCUAAUUCCGGGACUCCACCCGAAUGGAGCAAUCCCAGUGAUCAAUCACCAGUUUUCCUCAUCAUUUAAGCUAAGAGCUACAACAAAAGACUAUAAUCUUCACAGUAGCCCCUGCAUACAAGUUCGGUUCGGGCUACUUUUCAAGGUUGAACCCAAGCAAAAAAUGGUAACAGACCAAUGGAAUACCUCAGUUGCAAAGAGGGUAUACUAUCUUUUGUAGCGUAACUGAAAUUACGUUGUUUUCAUGAAACAACAUUGUAAUUAUAGCAGUAUUAUUUGAAGGUUAUUAAUUUUUUCCUAUUUUUUUUCAGUAAUUAACUUUAGUCAUAUGUAGAGCGAAUACAAAGCAUGACACUUUCACCUCACUAUUUGGGCUUUUAAACCAAAUAAUAAUGGCUCAAUUAUGCAGAAAUACUCAUUAUUCAUAACUUACUGUAACUUGAGAUUGCAGCUGGCAAAAGCUGCUUCGAUAUUUUUAUAUUUUUCUCCCCUUGCAGUAGUGGGUACUUUUAUGAACUUUUCUAGUAAGCCUUUUGUGUUUUCUUUUAUACUUAAGGUUCAUAUGGUUGCACUUGGCUCUAAAAAAUAGCCUUCUCAUUUAAAGUCUAAUGAGAAGUCAAAUUGUGAACAAUUUUGAUUCAAGACCGGUGUUUCCAGGCAUCUAUGUUUCAUAAUGUAAAAUGAAGGAUACUCUUGUGUUGUUAUUUCUUCAUUUGAGAAAAAUAUGUUUACCGAAUUUGACCGGCUAAAAUGUAAAUGUAUUGAUACACAAAGGAUUCAUCCUCUCACCACUUCCAAAGGGUCCCAUUCUCUUUGACAUGACAUAAAUCAAACAGAAUGGGAUAAAUUAAAAAGAACUUAUAGGAGUCAUCUCACUUGGUAGUCCAAGUCCUCCAAUUUUUUUGUUUGUUCGUUCAAUGUUUAACAUUUCGUUGUAGAAUCAUCACAAUGUAUAGUUGUUCGGUGUUUCAAUAUUUCUAUGCGGUAGGUGCUAUCAAUAUAAUUAAUUUCCUUAUAAAAUUUCGCAUUACUGACAGAAUGGGAAAAGAGCAUUCACAGCAAUGCAGACAAGCUUUAUCUCUUGAUAUCAAACCUGAUUUGACACAGAAUGUUUCAGCAGGUUCAAAGAUAGAGGGGUUUAACUUCGGAGACUGAUACUUGUUUUUACUUUAAGAGGAAACAAGGAGACAUUGAGUGUAGUCAACUAAAAAAAAAUUGUCUGUCUUUGAAAUUCUACUCCUCAACUUAAAUUAUAUAUGUAUAAUAGGUAGUUGCAAAUACUGUUCGUAAAUCUGUGUAAUAAUUACCAUUGCAAUGUUUAUCUGUAAGAAUUUGUAAAUAAAAACUUUGAAUUUUAA